UCCAACGCAAGUCGGAAGCUCGAUUCAAACAAACCAUUGACACAGCUGGGGGAAAGUUACAUUUCAUCAAAAGGUUUCACUCCUGAAAGAUGACUACGGGCCAAAUGUCAAGAAUUAUUAAGCAGCUUGGGUAUGAGAGAAUAAUAAAGGCGACUAAUUGUGGUAGAGUUAUCGUUCCUGGACUCGCGUAUACCAACUUCCAUGGAAACGCAUCUCCGCAUCCAUGGAGCGUGAUGGACAUCAUAGAUUCAACCCAGAUUUGUCUCAUACAUCCAACAGACGGCGGGGAGUCGUUUCUCGGCCUUCACCAGCUCUUCGGUGAAACUGAUGCGUUUGCAGUGACCGCAAAAAUCGACUUAAGCGAGCAGCUUCAUGACGAAGCUGUUGUGAAAGCCCCUCUGUGUACAGACACCACCGUCAGCAACGUCGGCAAAAGCACCAUCGUCAUGGACACAGUGAUGAAAUCCGGUUCAGUUCCACUGGUCAAGUAUCGAUGUAAUUCAAUAAUACUCGACAGAACCAGUAAAAAGCCUGUCGAGAUUCCCCAGCAAUGGAAGAGUACAUACGGGCACUUCUGCACAGGCGAGCCAUUGAGAUUCAGUGCUCUUGAGAGGCCAUCUGACCAAUCACGUGUAAGCAAUGUGUUUGCAGGGCAAGUGUCUUACAGCGACAUAGAUGCAAACCGUCAUGUUCAUUUUACCAAUUAUUUGAAAUAUUGCUGUGAAGGUUUAGUUAAAGUGCAGACAACCCAGUCUGGCUUAGGGUUGCAACCGUUAAAACUAAAAUCUGCUUUCAUGUGGUACAGAAAAGAAUGCAAUUUUGGAGAUGCCAUUGAACUUGACUUUUGGGAACAUGAAACUAAGCCAGGCGCCAUAUGUGUGGACAUGUUGAAAAAUGGGGGAAAGCGUUUUUCAGUGUGUACUUGAGCUGUACGCUACAAGUCGUAUUAACAGUUCACCGUGAAAAACAGGACUUAGAUAAUUUGAACAAAAUGUUAUUGCGAGGAUAAAACGUUACACCCAAGUAGGCAGCUUCGACCUGAGUGAGUGAGUAUUUACACUGCUUUCAGGAAUAUUCCAGCAAUAUCACGGCGGUGGACAUCAGAAAUGGGUUUCACACUUUGUACCCAUGUAGGGAAUCGAACCUGGAUCUUCGGCGUGACGAGCGAACGCUUUGACCACAAGGUUACACCACCCCACCCCACCCACUCACUGCCACAGGUGUAACAAAUGGAAUGAUUGAAUUAGUUAUAUUGCU